UUUUUUCCUAUUUACAAAAGUCUUAUAUCUUUGUUACGAAACAACUUCUUAGCAUAGAAAACUGAAAACCUCCUAUAAUCCUCCCUGCUACUGCUCACCGCCCAUCUCUGUGGGAAUGCCAGCCAGGAGUUUGGGGACUCAGUGGCGCUUAAGGUUUGUUACCGCCCGGCGAAGGCCGGCAUCGGUCCUCCAGCCAGCAGGGGACAGUACAACGCACGCCUAGGGCUGGCGCGCUCUCUCUUCCACACGUCGCUCGCGUGAUCGUCAGUGCUACAUACUGCGCCUGCGCACGGGCUGAGGCCUUUUCCCCCCCCGGAGCGCUGCUGGGCCUGCUGGUCUGUGGCGAGCCGCGGACGCCGGUCUCUGUUCCGCAGGAUGGGGUUUGUUAAGGUUGUCAAGAAUAAGGCUUACUUCAAGAGAUACCAAGUGAAAUUUAGAAGAAGACGAGAGGGUAAAACUGAUUAUUAUGCCCGGAAACGCUUGGUAAUUCAAGAUAAAAAUAAGUACAACACACCUAAAUACAGGAUGAUAGUUCGUGUAACCAACAGAGAUAUCAUUUGUCAGAUUGCUUAUGCCCGCAUAGAAGGAGAUAUGAUAGUUUGUGCGGCUUAUGCUCAUGAACUCCCAAAGUACGGUGUGAAGGUUGGCCUGACAAAUUAUGCUGCAGCAUAUUGUACCGGCCUGCUGCUGGCCCGCAGGCUCCUCAAUAGGUUUGGCAUGGACAAGAUCUAUGAAGGCCAAGUGGAAGUGACUGGAGAUGAAUACAAUGUGGAAAGCAUUGAUGGUCAACCUGGUGCCUUCACCUGCUAUUUGGAUGCAGGGCUUGCCAGAACUACUACUGGAAAUAAAGUUUUUGGGGCCCUCAAGGGAGCGGUGGAUGGAGGCUUGUCUAUCCCUCACAGUACCAAACGAUUCCCUGGUUAUGAUUCAGAAAGCAAAGAAUUCAAUGCAGAAGUACAUCGAAAGCACAUCAUGGGUCAGAAUGUUGCAGAUUAUAUGCGUUACCUAAUGGAAGAAGACGAAGAUGCUUACAAGAAACAAUUCUCUCAAUACAUAAAGAACAACGUAACUCCAGACAUGAUGGAGGAGAUGUAUAAGAAAGCUCAUGCUGCUAUACGAGAGAAUCCAGUUUAUGAGAAGAAGCCUAAGAAAGAAGCAAGCUUCCUUAGAGCUCAGGAGCGGGCUGCUGAGAGCUAAUAAACCAAACCACAAUUUUCUAUGAAGAUUUUUCAGUUAAAGACAAUAAUAAACUUAUUCAUGAAGCA